CAACAACUCCCUUUACUCUUCCAUCAUUUCCAGCUAUUUCUCAUCAGUCUCGACUUCUGCCCUCCUUCUUAGUGGAAGGAUAUCUCUUAGUCGAUCGUCUUUCUUCUUCCGCCUUUUCUUCUUUUAUUCCUCUUCGCACUUUUACGAACCCUUUACGAUUCCCUUCACCCACCUCUAUCCUAUCUUUUUUCCCUUCUAAAAACACCAACCUCUCUUGACGAGCAUCAUGUCUGGUGAAGAAGAUCUCAUUGACUACUCCGACGACGAGGGUCUUGAUGCCACCAAAGAAACCCCUUCCGUUGCCGCUAACGGGGAAGCUGCGGCCAAAAAGGCUGACGUGACUGCUGCCGCCGGUGGUCCUGCUGCCGACAAAAAGGGCUCUUACGUCGGCAUUCAUUCUACUGGUUUUCGCGAUUUCCUUUUGAAGCCUGAGCUGCUCAGAGCUAUCGUCGACUGCGGUUUCGAACAUCCUUCCGAGGUUCAGCAAGUUUGUAUCCCACAGUCCAUCCUCGGAACCGAUGUUCUAUGCCAGGCCAAAUCUGGUCUUGGAAAGACGGCUGUCUUCGUUUUGACUACCCUUCAACAAGUCGAUCCAGUCCCUGGAGAGGCAUCAGUCUUAGUCAUGUGUCACACUCGCGAACUCGCCUAUCAGAUCAAGAACGAAUAUGCUCGAUUCAGCAAAUAUAUGCCUGAGGUGCGGACCGCUGUCUUCUACGGUGGCACGCCAAUGCAGAACGACGUUCAGGUUCUCAAGAAUAAGGACCAGCACCCACAUAUCAUUGUUGCCACCCCCGGACGGUUAAACGCUCUUGUCAGGGAUAAGCACUUAAGAUUGGGUAGUGUCAAAGUAUUUGUCUUAGAUGAAUGUGACAAGAUGCUCGAGCAAAUCGAUAUGCGUCGCGAUGUUCAGGAAAUUUUCCGGGCUACUCCUCAGCAGAAGCAGGUUAUGAUGUUUUCAGCCACACUUUCCCAGGAGAUCCGUCCCAUCUGCAAGAAGUUUAUGCAGUCUCCUCUUGAGAUCUAUGUCGAUGAUGAAACCAAGCUCACUCUCCACGGUCUCCAGCAAUAUUACGUCAAACUUGAGGAAAAGGAGAAGAACAGAAAGCUCAACGAGCUCUUAGACCAACUUGAGUUUAACCAAGUUAUCAUUUUCGUCAAGAGCACUAUUAGGGCCACUGAGCUCAGUAGACUUCUAAACGAGUGCAAUUUCCCAAGUAUUGCGGUUCAUAGCGGCAUUGCCCAGGAAGAGCGCAUCGCUCGAUACAAGCAAUUCAAGGAAUUCAACAAGCGCAUCUGCGUUGCUACCGAUGUCUUUGGCCGUGGCAUUGAUAUCGAACGUAUCAACUUGGCGAUUAACUACGAUCUCCCGGCUGAUCCAGAUUCCUACUUGCAUCGCGUAGGACGUGCCGGUAGAUUUGGAACUAAGGGAUUGAGUAUCUCAUUUGUAAGCUCUAAGGAAGAUGCUGAGGUCCUUGACAAAAUCAUGGAGCGUUUCGAAGUUAGCUUGGAUGAGUUCCCUGAAAGCGGAAUCGAUUCUAGCUCUUACAUGAAUACCUAAAUUUGCUGAAGGUUUCCUGUGUUUGAGUGCAUCCUGUUGGGAUUUGGGGGGGUUUUUUUUUUUUUUUUCAAAAAAAAAUUAGGUUCUCAUUAAUAAACAUACGAUUGGGGUUUGGAAAGGUGCUUUGCACGUGGGAAGAUCGGUGAAACGUUACCUAAGCAUCACUAUCCUUUUUUUGUUCAUCUAGGACACAUUCUCUUAAUCGGCCUCGAGGCAAAUUGAGCGUUGGUAUUCCUGUUUUUGCUACUAGUUUAUCUCGCUCCGUAUACUUCAUGUACUUGAUGUCUCUCUUCAUCUCAUUUACUUUUUUUUUUUUUUAAGCUGAGGACUACAAUUGAUUCAAUAAAAAG